GCUUCUGAGCCUUUUGGUUGGCGGCUGUGCAGGGCUACGAUCCUCUUUUGACACGAAUAGCCCUCCUUCUUAAUCAUAGUUGGAAAUCCCCACAAGACCUUUUGGAAGUGCUUGCCGUGUAAUUUAAACAGGCUCAGUAUUCAUUAGGGCUUGCGUAUUCUUUGCUAUGACAACAAGAACAGUCAAUAAUUUUAAGACUUUGCGGGAAAUUCUUGACUACAAUGAUAGGUUGGUCCAGGAGAGGAACUUGCAAGAACACCAUGAAGAACUUACAACAGAAUCGAAUUCUGCCAAGACCUAUACUCUUAAGAAAACUACUGCACUCUCAGUGCUAAACUGGGAUGCUGUUUUCUCCAACCAGAAAGUUUUUGCUUGCAUGAUGUUGAUGCUAAUCACAGUUUUAUCUCAGCUUGUAUUCAGUUACGUUACUUUUGCACUAGUUAAUGUUCAGCAGAGCUUGGGGUUGUUCUAUUUGUCACAAGCUCUGAAUUUGUUUUUCUCCUACGUGAUGCCCCUUUCUUUGAUCAAAGAAAUGGAUGAGGUUUUUGAAACCCCCGUUGCACAGCUCUCGAGUGAGAUUGAGAUCUAUAGACAGUUGAAAAUCAGUGUUAUGAUUUAUUGCGUUUGCACCAUAGUAUCUGCUGCAGCUUUAGCAAGUGUCUUUUCUAGUGGACCUUUCAUAGAAUUAAGGUAUAAUUUUCAGGAGCUACGGGACGUUCCAGUGGAUCUGACCAGUUUUGUCCGGGUACUUCAAAUAAUAUCUUUCCAGCUAACGUUGAUUAACUUAAUUUUGUGUUCCAUUAAUUUGUACAUAACCGAUCGCAAAAUUCGACGCUGUUUCAACAGGAUUGAAAGAUUACAAGAUAGGGCUGAUUUAGAAAUUAUGUUUAAUGAGAAUCUAAUUGAACAAAGAUUUGAUAAUAAUUUUUUUUAGAGGAAGAUAAUUUAUAAAAUUGAUAGAUAUAACUGUGUUGAUUAGCUAUGAUUUAAUUUAGCCAUGAUUAGUGCACAAAAGUUUACAAUGUGAUAAAAAAAUCGAUAAUUAUAGUAUAUUACAAUAUAAAUAGAAAGCAAGAAUAAAACUUCACAAAUGCCAACAAUACUAAUCUAAUAAAAUAUUUUCACAAGUAAGCCAUCCAAAGAGUAUCUGUACUUGCCAAAUUCCUUGGAUUGACUGCAUGUGUGAUUAAGUUCACCACAAAUUGACUUGAAACAGAUUGGCCAAAGUUUUCAGUAUUAGCCA